AUCCGGGUAUUCCUCCCGUUGCAGCUGUCCAUCAUUCCAAAAGGGGCGUGUCCGGGAGCGAGGAAGAGGUCUCUGAGAGCGAUCAGCCCGAUGUCCUCGCGCUGCCUCUCUUUCGGAUGAUCUGUGGCGCCGUUGUUGGAAGUAUUCCUCCGGAUAAUCCUCACGAUCAAAACGAUGGAAAUCCUCCCUUCUGCGUCGUUCUGCAGACGCCGCUCGGCGUUGUUGGCGGCGCUUCCGCAUCGAUCGGACUGGGAUCCACCCCCCGUCAUCAUAUUCGGCCAUUUUCGAGCAGAUGCAGGAAUAUUGUCGCUGGAUUGCAACGCGGUGGCAGAGGGCUUCGGUGCUGGACAGAGAGGAAGGAGGGAAUGUCCACUGUUACCUCCCCUUUGUAUCAUGCUAUGGAGGUAUAUUGGUAUGUAUGUAUUGUGUCAUCCCAUCCUAAGGUGAGUAUACUUUGUGUGUUGUGUGUUAUGAAUAUUAGGGAUGUAUGUAGGUGUAUAUGGAUAUGAAUAUAUAGUAAUAUAAUAAUAUAACACCAUCAUGAUUCCAGGUAAGUAUAAUAAAUUGUUUAUAUUGUGAUGAUUAUAGGUGUGUAUAUUUAUAUAUGUAUGUGUGUUUGUAGAUAUCGUCACAUCCUGCAAGGUAAGUAUAGCGGACAAUUUUUAUUAUUAUGGAUAUAUGUGUAUAUAAUAUAAUAAAUAUAUAUGUGUUUGUGUAUAUCCCACCAUCAUACGGUGAGUAAUUGGUUAUGUGGUAUAUUAUGAAUGUAUACAUGGGCAUAGCUGUGUAAAGACACACACACAUAUGUUCAACUGUGUGUAUAUAGCCACGUAUGUAUAUAUACCAAUCUAUACACGCACAUAUAGACAUACGUAUGUACAUAUAUGGAUAUAUAUAUAUACAUAUGAAUGUGUACCCUUUCUUGUGGUGAGUAGGGUUAAUGAACUAUGUGUUGUAUUCCGUGGUAGGUCGAGGGGGUCUCGUGAGAGAGAGAGAGAGCGAGAGCCAGGCCCCCCGGAAAUCUGGUGCCCAGGUUGGUGAUCCAGAUAAGUUCCGCCCUACGGCGUUGGGCGAGACUCCAUCUUGGAUUCAUCUGGAGGACAGUUGCCCGGACGGCGGGCCAUCCGUGUCGGACAAAGUGCCGGACCAGACUAUAAAGGGCCUCAACCUCUUCGUGUGUCAGAUUGGCGGCGACCGCAGGUGCGCAGCCCGAACCCGACAGUGUGAGACCAUCAGACCGGACCAUCUCCUGGAACUCCGGAGGCAGAAGUCCGGGUGAGGGCUCCCAGGUCGAGCGGGCUGUGAAUGGUGUGGGUU